AUGUUUGACGGAGCUGAUACAGAAUACAAGUUUAUGCAAAGUUUAAAAUCAACUGGUUUGUAUGCCGACCCAAGAGAGUACGUUAUAAGCAAUGAGUUACGCCCAGGAGUUAUCAACAACGAACAAGGAAUGGAUAACGAUCCUAUUACUGGAAUCCUAAUGCCGAUAAAAUUUCAACUUAAAAAAUACUUGGAAUCCCCGAUGGUGUUUGAGACAAUUCUCGGAAAUUUGAAUCCUUCACCAGAUGGUUAUAUUCGUAGCCUCAUUGAUGGUAUCGUUUGGCAACAGAAAGUGGCAGGACAUUCAUCGAACAUUGUCAUACCUUUGAAUUUGUUCUUCGACGAUUUUACAACCAAGGACACAGCUUCCCCACAUGCAUCGAGGACUUCUGUAUUAGGUGUAUAUUACUAUAUACCAUGUUUGCCUGGAUAUAUUUUGGCCAAGCUGGCAAACAUUUUGGUUGCAGGAUACAUUCUAUCAGAAGACAGAAAAGAAUACGAAAAUGAAGAACUGUUCAGUAACCUAGUUGAGGUUCUGAUCGAUUUAGAGUUAAAUGGUGUAAAUAUUACUCAUAAUGGUGCUAAUGUAACAGUACAUUUUAUGGUAGGAUUUAUAACAGGCGAUAAUCUAGGAAUCUCAGGCAUUUUGGAUUUGGUUGAAUCGGCAAGAGCAAAUUUUUAUUGUAGACUUUGCAAACGUAAUCGCGAGCAGCGAGAGAAGGAUACUGUGGAAUACGAAGAAAGUUUCAGAACAAUAGAUGGCUACGACCAAGAUUUAAGACAAAAUGAUGUUUCAUCCACCGGUAUUCAUAAGAACAGUAUUUUUAAUAGCAUUCCAUCAUACCACGUCGUCUCAAACGUUUAUUUUGACUUAAUGCACGACCUAUGGGAAGGCGUUUGUAUGUACGGUCUUGCCCAUUGUCUGAACUAUUUUAUCAAAGUAAAAAAGAUGUUUAGCCUUACUGAACUAAACUGUAGGAAAAAUUUAUUUGUCUUUGGAAACCUGAAUUCUUCCAAUAUACCAAAUGACAUCAAGGACACAAAUCUAGUUAGGAGUAAAGUCAAAAUGACUGCCAGUGAAAUCAGAACCAUGGUAACAUUUUUUCCUCUAAUGUUUGGAAAGUUGAUCCCGGAAAAUGAUGCUGUUUGGUCAUAUUUUUGCAAUCUUUUAAAAAUUUGUCAUAUUUUAAUGUUACGCGAAAUACAUCCUUCAUUGCUAAUCACGUUGAAAACAAUAGUUAACAUCCAUCACACUCAAUAUCAACAGCUUUUUGAUGAUCAACUAAAACCCAAACAUCACAACAUACUCCAUUACUCCUUUUUUAUUCUCAAUUCUGGUACACCGCGCCAUCAAUGGGCAAUGCGAGGAGAAGGUAAACACCGAGAUGCUAAACAAUAUAGCAGAGUCAAUAACAACAACAUAAACAUAUGUAAAUCAUUGAGUAUAAAAGCGGGGUAUAAGUUUGCAUUCAAUCUGUAUAACAAUUCUUUCAUAACUCCACGAAUUGAUUUGAGCCAGUCUAAAGUUUUAACAUGCCCGCCCAAUACUGAUGUCCAAUCGUUUUUGACAGAAAGAUCUAUUUCAGUUAGCAGUAUAAAGUUCGUAGAUAGUUUCAUAAAACAGGGCUCAACAUACAACAAAGGUACAUUUUUUUAUGUAAGCCAUUGUAAUAUAAUCAAUAUUUUUGAGUUGGAUUGCAUUAUGAUCGGUGAGGACGACAACCUUAAAAUAGUUUGCCGUAGCGUACUCUGUCGUACUUUUGACGAGCACUUGCAGUCUUUCGAGGUUCAAAUAAUGCUGAAUCCCAAAUUAUUAUCUAACAUUGCACAAUUCGAAACACAUACUAUUAACCUGCACACCGUCAAUGAGAGAUUGUAUUUCCGAUUUUGUAACUUUAGUAUUAUGGAUGAGCCGAUUGAGUCGCUUAUUGUAUGUUAA